AACAGUUAACUUAUGUUAUGUAAAGUACGCGCGCUAGCCAAGUCGAGGGCAUUUCGAUAUUCGUCGGUGUGUGACCUAAUCAGCCAUCAUCAUCCGUGUUCGGGGGCUGACUCUCCACUACAUCGCACACCCCAAAAAGAGUGUGGUGACCUUUCUCGGUGGUGUGUCUGACAUCAAUCGAGCGCAAAGCGCUGCGGGGGGAACAAAAAUUAGUAGUACGCAAUCGAGUGUACGCGAGUAACACAGUGCAAGACGUCAAAUUUUGAUUCGACGGGAGUUUUGACAGAUCGCGCAAGCGAGCGCAAAAAAAAGAAAAUGGAUUACGGGAGUGCUUGAAUGGAGAAAAAAUUUAUAAUUUAGCUAUAUUUUUAUUAUAUGUAGUUUUCUCGUUUCUCUUGAAUGUUAUUCAUUUCAUUCCUUCACACAUACUUCGGGGUGCGCGUUUGCACAAUAGUGUGACAGUGGCACAUAGCUGCAGAUCGCGACGAUGUAGUGGUAUGGGUGUGCCUCGCCGUGUCCAGAGCGGACAAGUGUUCGUACGGAAGGUCUCAUUGUGGUGAAAGUGUGCGUGAGCGUACGGUUGGUGUUUAUUACGAGAAAGGCAAAAAAUCGAAUAAGAUUUUGACAGCUCGCCGCUUUUGAUCAAAUAAAAAUAAAAAAGGCGAGUUUUAUUGAUUAUUUCCACGGCGGAGAUUAAAAUCGUGAGAAAAGUGAGAGAAAAGAAAAAUACACGAGAAGUGAGUCUGGGAAAGUCGCAUCAAGGAAUGCAAAAUGUCCAGUGUAAGAAGUGAGAGUGUGAGAAGCCAAAGAAAUUGUCUGGCUGAAAGCUAGAAAACGGGUACUGUUGAAAAAUGGUCGAAAUAGUGUCUAUCCCGCGAAAGAAAAUAAAUGAGUGAAAUUUCCGCACCGAAGGAAUACACUUUCGGGGAAGUGAAAUAACCCCAGGGUGGGAGUAAUGUGCUGGAUAUGAGUACAGACGUUGUUAGUUCGCAAUGGAGAUCACUCGGAUUCAACGGCACGUCCGAGUCUCGGUCGAGAUCUCCUGCUGCCCAAUCCCUCCCCCCGUUACCUAAAUUAGUUCCCAUUCCGCAGAAGAAGGUCGCCAAGAAAAAUGUUCGUAAGAGAAACAAUAACAACAAUUUGAAGAAGAUUAACAAAAACCUUGACAAAACUGUCGCUUCACAAUCGGAAAUUAUUAUCGGCGGUAGCAAGUUUAACUUGAAGCCUAUCAUUAAACUCAAAGCGGUUCCUUGGCCCCAAAACAAUUCCGAUAAGAAGCAACAACAACGACAACAACAACAACAGCAGCAGCAGAAACAAAACGAAGACAUCGGAAACGACAAUAAUAAGAAAAUCACGAAAAAUGACGGUACCAUAGCGUGCGGUGAUAAAAAACGUCGCCCCGCUGAAAAGAGACAGCACUACAAUAUUGUUGCAGGGGAAAAUAAUGACGUGGACGCGACAAAGCUGAUACUUCGGCGGCGCAACACGACACCUACUGUGAGUCGUAGCGCGACAAACGUGGUGGCUGCCGAUAACAAAGCACAAACAUCAUCUUCCACGACAGCUGGUGCUGAGGAUAACACGCCAGCCGUGCAAAAAAGUACGACCAAGGCAAUGUUAACAGUUAACGGUGCUGCAGCAAAUAAUACCCCCCUUCUGAGGAAAGUCAAAGUGGAACCAAAUGGCAGAAUCCCAAAACGCAUCAUAAAACAGGAACCACGGGAAAGUCCGGCACAGCCAAUCAACGCGUUGAUAAAAUGCGAAGAAACUAUCGAAACACAUCGCAAAUCCAAUCGGCGGAGACAAUUCACCGACCGGAUCAUCGAUACAAUGUGCAUACCGGAGUUCUAUUUCAAAGCCAGGUGUCGAAGCAAAACCAAAGCAAGCAAUUCCAAGAAAAGAAACCCGGUUGCUAUAGCGGCCGCAGCUGCCACUAGAGCUAACAGUAGGAGUGCCCAAAACAAAAACAAAACAAACAGCAGCAACGGCGCCUGCAGUGCCAGUUGCAGAAAAACUAAAGAGGCUAACGCCUCGGAGGAAUGUACCGUUCCCCGGUUGAAUCCAAUUUUCCUGUUCGUUAAGCAGGAGGAUACACGCAUCGUCGAGGUCCGCUGUGAGGACUACGAUAGGCGUAAUCGUAUACGAAUUACCAAAUCCUCCAACGGGCUGUGGAGGUCGUACCCCCGAACGGAUCCCAGUUCGUCGGUAGUGUUUUCUCUGUUGCCGAGAUCGGACAGUCGGACGGAAUCGCAGUCAGAUGGCAUUCCAAGGGUAGAGCUACCAAAGUACAAAAAAUCCCACAAGAAGAAAAAGAAACACAAAAAGGAAGUGAAACGAAGGGCGUUGAUGAAGCGGACGCUUCUUCGGCCGGAGAGUAGAAUUAGUUUGGAUGUGCAUGAUGUUAGCGAGAGUCGAUUGUUCAGCGAAGAUGCGGACAUUGAUGAGGGCAAUGAUGGUGAUGAUGAUGAUGAUGAUGAUGAUGAUGUUAUUGAUAUAACGCUGUGUGAUGAGCAGGAUGCUAGUGAAAACUUUGAGGAUUUGAGCCGAUCAGAUGUUAAUGUUGAAGAUAUUAGUAAUCAAAAUAAUUUAACCGUUGAUAGCAACAAUAUCAGUAGUAAUAGUGAUUGUAAUACCAACAAUAGUAGCCUAAAUAACGCCACUAGCCUAGAAGGAAUCAGUACCAAUAGUAUUAAUGCCACAAGUAACACGGAUAGCAAUAAGGACGAUGGCAGCAGUGACAACGAUAUCGAGUUGAUACCGCCAGAGGAGCCCCAGAAAAUCGUUCAUCCUGGGGCACCGAAUGGUUGCAGCGAACGGUGGUCGGAGGAACUGGAUAACAUCGAGGCACAGAUACCAUCAACUAUCAUCUCGGUGCAAAAGCUUCAACAACGCAGUCGAGCCAUUGCGCAUGUCGGGGCCAAUAUUGAACAGCACACAACAACAGCGGCGCUCAAUAAUUUGAUUGCACUAAAUGAACUUGGGUUUAAUCAUCAGGAAAACCACGCGAACGAGUGCAUUGAGAAAACAUUCUCCUAUCACUUGGAAUCCCUGCAGGCGGUUGCGGCGGUGGCUGCUGCGGCCGCCGUCGCUGCCAGGAGUGCCUCCGCAACCACCAUAACCGAUGCAAGCAAACAUGGCACUAUUGGUGAAACUACUGAUGCUGCUGCUGUCAGUGGUACAGCACCCGCCGCCGCCAACUCCACCAUCCCGCGAGCGGGCGCUAGUAGUGUGAGUGUGAAAGAAGUUGGGGAACAAGGUGGCAAACCGUUGCACACAUCAACAACUUCCGAUGCACCGACUGUGCAUGAGAUUGACGACGAUGGAGACGAAGUGUGCGUUCUGGAGUCGGAGCCAGUACAGCAGCAGCAGCAAACAAAAGGACGAAAUGAAAAUAUGUGCCUGGAUAGCGCAGUAUACGAAAAUUGUAAGACGGAAUCGGAUUGCAUCCAGAACGCGGAAGUGCAACCGCAUAUCACCAUCAGUAGUGACAGUGAGCUGGAAGAUGAUGAUCCAAAGCAUCAUCAUUUGAGUGAAUUCAACGAUUGCAGUGACCUGAUCGAAGGAAUUCGUGAGAUACAGUCUGCCAAUCCGGAAGAUUUGCUACAUGCCAACUGCGGUGAAAAUACAAUGACUGGUGCCGAACUGCUUGAUUCGCUGGUGGAACAACGCUGUGAAGACAAUCAUAUCUCGGGAACGGAUGAUCUCAAAAAUACAGUUUAUUCCAUAUCAGACGAUUACAAUGACGAUGAUGAUGUCCUGCUGGAAUCUGAACCUGUUGCCGACAUUAUCUCGCGUCUAGGUGAAUCCCUUAGUACAUCGCCAAAGUGUUUAUCCUUUAACGAAGCCGGUGAAAUUGAAGGACUUACAGGUGAUUUGUUCGACACCACACACCACUCACUGCAGAUGGACGACAAUCUGCCGAAUCCGUUUUCGUCGCAAAAUCCGACGCUCGAUGAGUUAUCCAUCACGAUAAAGGAUCUCACCGAUAGCAGUGAACAUGCCAAUUCCUACUUUAACAGUGCGGAAAAAACGAACAAAGAAUCUGACACUCCCAUUGUGAUUUCGCCCGAUUCCUGCCAGGAAGAACUACCGAAGGAUCUCAGCUGCCGCAAGCGUAGUGAAAAGAGUACCGAUUCCAUCGUAACUCUUUCCCCCUCGCCACGGCCAAUUUCACACAGUUCCGAUGCCAUUCAAUCGCCACAACCCAGUGGUCUACCAGCAGUCCCACCGUCUCCGGACAUUUUCCUACAGCCUAAAUCAAUCUCAAGCGCCGUCAUGGAGACACUCAUCUCUCAAGCAUCCUCUGCUGGUGCAAAACCAAGAACGAUGCAACAGAAAGAACCUCUAGAUCUAGGUAAAUGUCGAAAAUCUGCUAGUCCAACCGUUAGCUGCUCGGAAGAAGCUAAACGACAGUCAAGCACCGAGGAUGAACCCAAACCUAAACGAAUUAAACCCGACCCGGAGUCCAAAACUGCCAACAAUAGUGCGUCAACAUCUGGUCCAGCAACCGACAACAUCACAAUUACUGUCGGUGGUAGCGGUGCUAGCAGCAACCCAGCAAGCCACGCGAAUCACGGAGAAUCAACUCGGUUGGUGGAAAUGCUUACCUCUGGUAAUGACCCAGAUGCACUGACCCAGCUACGUUUACUAAUCGGUAAUCCAGCAUGGAAGGUACCUGACCCACUACUAGUGCCAAAGGAUCGGCUCAAUGCAGUCCUCGCGUCACCUGCUCGUGAAAUCCCACUUCUCCUAACAACCCGACCCGAAUUGCGCCUACCGGAAGCAUUUGCAUUUCCAAACAUCCUACAAGAUCCGGAUAUUCUGGUCAUUUCGCUAUCACAGUUAGAAAAAAUCCUGGAAACUCAGGAUGAGCUGCUGAAGAUGAAAACGAAAACCGAUACCAGCAAGAAAACUGCACCGAGUCCGCUGGAAGUUCUAAAACAGACGCUUACGGCACAAGCAGCCAAACAGAACCCAGUAAUGAGUUCCCUACUAGCAUCUGGUUUGGCCGGAGAUAUCGAUGCGGCAACGGCAGCCGCCUUCAACCAGAUGCUAUGGUUGCCAUAUCUCGGCCAGAUGGGACAAUUCGGACCGGAAUUACUGAAAGCAAUGAUGAACAUUCCGAAUGCCAACCCGAACGUCGCCGAAAUGCUACCCUUCAUGGGUCCCCGGUUCCAGGAUUACUGCGGACUCUCUACUAAUCCUAUGGAUUAUAAGCGCCAACUAGAGUUCGCCAUGUGGCAAGAUGCCCUGAACCAGGUGAAUAGUGCAAGUUUGCAGCGAAAACAGGAAGCUCAGAAGAAAGCGGCCAGCCCAGCAGUGGUUCACGUUGAUCGUAAACCCAUCAUCCCGCCAAAGACUCUCGAACAGCAGCGUUCCGUUGCAGCAGUCGCUGCCGCGGCCAGUCUGUUCCAGCAGCAAACCCAACAGACCAAGAAACCCAGCUCCGUAAUGAAUCAGCUUAGCUCCCUCUCGAUACCUCAGUUUAUGACACCCUCGAUGCCAAAUAACCGUUUCAGUAGUAACACUCGAACCUCAACGAUGCAAUCUCCUUCGUCGCUGCAGCAGCAGUUCAGUCCGACCGCAUUCAAAAAUAUGCCAAACUUGAUGAAUCAGGCGGCCAGUGCGCAGAUGCGACAGCAAGCCCACCGGCCGCAGCUAACCGCUGCUCAGAAGAGUAGACAGAGCGCAAAUUCCAUGUUCUCUAACAAUCCCUUCUUGAACCUUCCAAACAACUUCCAAGAAUUCCACGAACAACAGCAGCUGAUAGCUCGCAAGUUACAGAAAGAACAACAUCACACCCGGGAACAGAUGCAGCAGCACCAUCAGGAGGAACAGAAACCUCGAGUUACCUGCAAAUCUCUGAUGAACCUGCUCCAGCCGGAGAAGCAACAGCAACUUCAAAAGCACAGUACCAACAGUAAGCUGGCCAAUCUAAUGGCUCUUCCUGGUAUGGAACUGUACGCGGCCGGUCAGCAUGACCAGCUGCAGCAGCAAUUGUUCCUACAACAGCAGCAGCAGCAGCAGCAGCAACAACAGCAACAGCUGCUUCAACAGCAACAGCAGUUGCUGCAACAACAGCAACAACCUCAGCAACAGCAGCAGCAACAGGGAAAAUUAAAAGUGAAACCCGGAUUACAUCUGCUGGAUCCGGCUGCCAUUCAAAGGCGGUUGCUGAAUACCGACGAACUGCCCGAGGUAGGCAGCACCACCAACGGAAUGGAUGAUACGACGGACCUUACCUCUCCGUUGUGGCAUCCGCUGUUCGGCAGCGCCCAAAAAACCCCGGGCAGUGUCAGCGCAGGCACAACUGCCAGUGGCGGUACGAGCGCAGGAACCGGGGCCAACAGCUACAACAGUCCUUGGCAAUGGACUACUAUCACCGCCAGCGGGGAAUGACAUUAUGGGGCUCGUAAAGAGCCCGCUGUUGCUGGACUUCAAUCACAGGCAGCUCCUCAGAGUCAACAGCACCAUCAUGGUAGCAGUAGUAACACCAACAAUCAACAACAAUCCAUCAGCCAAUCACAGCAGCAACAGCAACUUCAACAGGCUCAAUUCCAGGCUUUCGGGAAUAGCUUGUCAAGUUUGCAGCAGCAGCAGCAACAUCAGCAACAUUCAUCCAUCCAACAUCAGCAUCAUCUCCAGCAACAGCAACAAGCGGCUCAACAGCAAACCCUGACGGCGGCUACUAGUUCUGGUCAUCACCAUCCUCAACAGCAGCAAUCUCAACAACAUCAACAGCAGCAGCAACAGCAGCAGCAACAACAACAGCAACAGCAGCAACAACAACAACAACAAAACCAUCACAAUGUUCCUUCCCACCAUCAUACGCACCACCAUCUGGCGGCGCAAAAUAGUAUGAUGGCGGCAGCCGCGGCCGCGGCAGCAUCCCAACGGAACCCUUUCGGGUUCGAUUUCAGUCAUUUCCAGAAUUCCUACUAGAUUCAAGGUAUUAUUGCAGGUAGCGUUUGAAAAUAGUUGAUUUGUUGCACUGAGAUGGAUUUAGUUGAUUGAUAACUGUAUGAGAGCGGCUCGGAUACGCUUUCAAGCUCACCAAUUUUCUUUGUUUCAGGAUCAGAUUCUAUCGGCAAACUUCCACAAGCAUAUUUUUGAAUGAAGGGGUAUCUUCAAACAGGAAUUUGAAUUGGGUAGAAUAUGACUUUUCCAGUUUCGUUGGUCCUAUCGGUUAGUCAAAUUUCGUACGAGUGAUUUGCUUUCGAGCAAGAAACAAUUUUCCAAUCAAAUCAGAAAAUUCGACCAAGAAAUUCCUACUAUGCCACUCAAAAAAGCUAAACCGCUUCGUGAUAUUAUGGUUCUAAGAGUUUAACCAAAUUCCUGGUCCUCUUGCCGAUCGGAUGGUAACCUGUCACAAAAAACCGACAGCUCACACAUCUCUUUACUGGUCUUUAUUACCAAAGCCCAGAAAAUGUACCCCUAAAACAGCCUCUCUCAACAUAUAUAACGGAUUUUAGAGUUCCCGUCUCUUCUAGAAAUAUUGAUUUUCUGUCAUAUGACUUUAAUAGCCCCCCGCACCCCGCACGGGACCCACUGGCCUCAGUUCCCACCAAGUUCCGCCAGUGUUCAGCGAUACCCAGUUUUUGUGGGCCCCGUAAUUCUCCCCGUAUUCGCCGUUGCUCCCCACUACGGGCCUGUUUUAUAUUGUGUUGGAAGUAAUAAAACUAAGAAAUAUCCCAUCGAAAUAUGAAAAGAUGGUACACACAGUGGCGGGCAGACUCCAAAAGACGUGCGCGCGCACCCACCCUGUCCGGAGGAGGCCGAACUCACACACAUCUCAAAUAGCAUCCCGCUGGUGCUGGUUCUGCCGUGCCGUUUGUGUUCUCCUCGAUGUGUUCGCGAGUCGAUACGCAGAACUCAAGGGGGUGGAAGGCCACCGAAUUCUUCCGUCGUUUGCGCGCCACCUGUGUAUGGGAGACAGCUCAAGCAGUGGUAGUAGGCAAAAGCUCUUUUUUGCGCCCGUCCUGAACCCAGGUUAGCACCGGAGGAACAACAGAUGGGAUGUGUAACGGCAGAUGCUAUCGAGGUUCUCCUCGUUCGGGUGGGCACGCAUACGCACGCACGCAACGGCCCACAAGGCUCCCGGAAUGGAUGUCAUCCAGCCGUGUGGGAAACGCACCCAAAUACAUGAACCUUCCAAGAAGUGCUGCUACUGCCGUUGCCGUUCGGAACCGGGACACACGCACCGGGACCAGCGGAAGUAAGUCUUCAUUAAAUAUGUGUAAAUAAUGCGAACAACUACAACGAAACAUUGCGACAAGAAGCGGAGAUGCAACUUGCACGAUGCACACUAGGGAAGCGAGUGUGUACACAAGAGCCUUUUGCGAAUGGUGCAUCCAUUUCCGGAAAAGUGCACUUAACCGCCUUGCUCCCAUCUGGGUGGUGCUUUUCGGGUGGCACCAUCAUCACACACGGCCACACGGGUGACGGUUUUAAUGGUAAACAUAAUAUAUUGCAAGUAAAUAUUGCUCAAAAUCACACACUGCACAUCCUGCAGCGUUGUUCCGGUCGAGAUCGAAAUCGUAUUUCUACAUACUCUUCAUUCCCGCUCCUCCACUUUUGCAACCGACUAUACGGCACCGGGCCUCAAAGAUCCUACGGUGUGAUAUGUCAGCAUGUUACCGUUGAACCACCCAACCAUCGCACAUUUCCAUGCAGUCCAUGCCACACCCGUUGCGAUUCCGGGCCAUUCCGAUUCAACCCUGACCAAAGCGACGCUCUCUGCGAAAGACAUCAAACCAAGACCACAGAAACUAACCACCGUCAUGAUCAGCAGACAGCGCACAACAGAAGCCUACCAGGGACCUUUCUAUCAUUCUUUCUCUCUCUCUCUCUAGCGCUAUCCACUUCGCCUCCCCCCACCAAAAUCAAACAUUGAAUAAUUAAUUCAAAUUUGAUGUUACUGUCGAAUUGAAUACACGUUCCAGCGCCAAAGCUUCGCGACGACCCGUCGCAACCCGGGCUCUAAUCAACUUCCCGCAUAAUCAGAAAAGACCCCGUACCAAGUACCUCACGAUUUCCGCUUCAGUCCAACCCGGCUAAUCUCGGGUUCGAAGGGGACCGUGUGUUUGUCCGCAUCAAACGCAGUUAAGCGGAGCAACCCAGCGCGCCGCUAUUCGUUUACCGGGGAAACAAAUUCAAAUUAAAAACAAAGAACAGGGCGAAACUUGCGCGCCAUAGCGAAUCGCCCCCGGAACGGAACCCGGAGAACUAUUAGUUGACCUCCGGCUCCUGCCAGCUCCGUGCUUCCUUUGUUUGAGGCGGGGAGGGGGGGAGCACAACAGACGCACGUAUACACAACGGGUCAUGCCGUUCUAAAAGCACUGCCGAAGCCGUGAGCUGCUAGCUUCUAUGCCAUGUCGAUCUGAUAAUGGACAAGCGAAGCGAAAAUUAAAAUUAAAAUUGCGCGCGAUUCUGGAACUUGCAAAGUCAUUCGCGAAAAGAUUACCGGCGUUCGUGUCUGUGCUAGCGUAUGUGCUGGGGCUAACGUGUGAAGUUUUCCGUCGUGUUCGGCAGGUUGCACUAUAGUCGGAACGAGUAAUGCGAUCAGCGUUUUCUCAUGUUAUGUCAUUCUUGAUUUGGUCGAAAAUCCAUUGAUAGAUUUUGGUUUAUUCGUUAUUUGUGUAGUUGAUUAAAUUUAAACAAUCGAUCUAUAAUGCUCAGAAAUUAAAUUUUAGGUAGUCAAUACACUAAUAAUUCAUUUCUGAUUACCACUGUGAUCUAGAAUAGGAAAUUUUGACAAAAAUGCAGAUUUCUAACAUAUUUUUUGUUGAAUCAGAGAUUUUAAUAUGGUUGUUUGCCCAGAUUAUUUAUUUAUUUGACAUGGCUCAAUGCGUUGGCAUAACUGAGUCGUGAGCCUUUUAUGAUUUUUAUAAUAUGCAAAAAUUAAAAUCAACUUCCAAGAUGCCUGUCCAUGCUGCGUGUUGAGAUCCUCUACCUUGGCGGUGAAACAUUAGCUGUGCUGUCUGCCGCACCUUGGAGGCAUUCGGGCUGUCUCACAGUGGUCCCAAAUUGAAAAAGACGGUCAUAAGUGUUUCCUGGCUUCCAGUUACGUUUUUGUGUUUUGGUGUCUUUAGAGAAGUUUCAUAAAAUUCGUUUACGUAUAUUUUGAGACCUUAAUCGACAUACGUACAAAAAACGCAUUUUCUUCUGUCUCGAAUUUCUCAAUACAACAAAACAAGCGUUUACUCUACGUCAAUAUGAUGCGAAUUAAAGCACACUUCCCCCAGCAUAUUUUGGCAACCAGCCUAAAUUUCAAUGGCUUUUCUUAUGAUUAUGCAUUUCUGUUCAAAACUCAGUUUAUUUCAAGUAUCGCAAAUUAAUUACAUGUCACAAACAGAAAUUUAGCUAUUCUUAUACUCGUCGUCACUGCACUCUACUUCAUUUGUCGAUACAUCUAGGUAAUCACUGAUAUUAAACGAAGGUUUUUUCAAUAAUUAUAUUGUUUCAACAAAUAAGGUUUUUACUCCUUUUGAAUGCGUUUUACGUUUACUAGAAAUAAGGGGGUCGGAAGAAAUUAAUAAUCUAGAAAACGCACGUUCUAUUUUUUUGGAGCUACAAUCCGGAUAAAUUAUUGUCGAUCAUGAGCGCAACAGUCGCGUUAUCAGAAAAAUUUGACCCAUGAAACCGUUUCAAAUAUUCUUUGGGCUUGGGGGCUUUUGAUGCGCUACCUGUCAUAACACCUUUGACCAAAUUGGCGGCAUCCAUUGUAUUUUUGGAUCGUAGACUCAUCUGCGUAGUAUACUGUUACUCUUCAGAGCUAUAAUGCAUAUGAAGAUUUUCAGUCCUUCUCCGCUUAGUUCGGUCCUCAAUUCAUGACAAAAAUUCUAUCAAUGUACUUUCUGCCGAUGACCUUGCACAGGAGUCGUUGGUAUGCAAGUCAUUGUGGUUGGCAAUAUUAGGUUUGUUCCAGUACACGGAAGUCUCUCCGGAGUAAAUAGGAGCGGUUUGCUAUCAGAAGAAGAAAAAAGAGAAGAAGAGAGUACAGGAACGGUUUUCUCCGGAGUACUUCCAGUUUCUCCUGGUACUGGUACAGACCUAUUGGCACUACUACAAACACUGGUAACUGCCAUACAAGUAAUGUGAGUAAGGAAAAUAACUAUUUUUUAGACGGUAACAAGUGCCAACUUGUAGCUAAUCGGCGAAACAAUCGGCCAGCAGAAUUCAAGCAAUCGCCCUAACUAUUUUUCCAAUAAACGGAAAGUUACGGCGGGGUAGUCUAGAUCAACCUUUCGAUAGCCUGCCACUUGCCUGCCUUUUUUAAGGUUGUACAGAGAAUGCGCAAAAUUCGCAAACGAAAAAAGCAGUUUUUUUCCGCACCGUAU